UAAGGCAAACAGACAAAACUAGUCUACUAUUUGAGUGUGCUAAGUUUGGUUGGUUCUAUAUACCUUACUCUUCUCCUCUCCCUACUUAUAAAUAGACUACCAACAAAGAGAAAUCAGCCCAUAUUAAUCUUUUAAAUUCUUUCUUUAUUACUAGCCUCUCUUCUUUUUUCAUAAAUAGCCUUUUUUUGUUAAAGAAAUAAAACUUAAAAUCUUGAUGGACAUAUCAGGUUCUGAAUGCACUAGUGAGUGUGAAUCUGGAUGGACAAUGUACUUUGAUGAAUUCUCAUAUUCUUCAGAUCAAUUCAAUGGAGUUAAAGGGAGAAGUGUUUGUGAAAUAGAUGAAUAUAGGGGAAAGUCAACAUAUGUAGUUGAAGAUUUGUCUAUGGUUUCUGAUGCUUCAUCUGGUCCACCACAUAAUUUUCAUGAGGAUAAAGAAUACAAUUAUGAAGAAAAUGGAUACAUGUUUUAUCCUUCUGUGACUGAAAACACAAAGGCUAAGCAAAGAAGGAAUAUGAAUGAGCAGAGUGGAAAAGAACAGAAUCUUUAUCUUGAUGACACUGCUAGUUCUCCAGUAUCAGACUUCCAAAAGGAUACCACAGGUUUUUAUAAUGAUACAACUUACAUGGAGCAAGUAGCAGGCUACUCUGGAACAUAUUCAAAGGGUAAAUCUGUUCUAGGGAAACAUUUUGGUUUCUUGAAAACAUCUGUGGAUGGGAAAUCUUCAUCUGAGAAAUCUGGUGUUUUGAAGGGAAGAAAAAGGGGAUGAGAAUUGAAAAAUUAGUAUAUUUUCUGUGUCAGUUGCUGCAGUUGAAGACAAAGAAGAUUAGAUUGUAGGGGUAAAUGCGACAUGAAAAGUAAAAAAAAAAAAAAAAAAAAAAAUAGAUUUUUAGGAUCUUGUUUUUAUCCUUCUUAUCUUUCUUUUUUUAAUCCUUCUAGUUAUUUGUUCCUGUCCAUGUAGCGGGAAACAACCUCAAAGCGUAAAUGUGAAAACAGAAUAAAAACUCUGGCUUUGUUUCAAACAAUAGCAUUUUUUUGUAUUUAAAAAAAAAAGGACUCUUUUUUCACUCAA